AUGACUCCAUAUGAGGGGGAGAAUACCAAACACGACAAGGUGGAUAAUGUCACGCCGAGCGCUUCAAGUACCCCUAAUGGAGAUGCUUUGAAGUUGGACACCGACAAGGUAGAGAAAGAUGUAUCGAAAGUGAAUUUUACAGAAGGCGGAGUGGAGAGUUUUAAAUUUUACCCAGAUAACCCUGAGAAUCAUCGCCACAAGUAUAGGUGGGCUAUGAAGGAACCUUCCAAAUUUUAUGACCCAUGUGAGGAGAGCCGCAUGGCAUCAAUGGAUUGCUUAUACCGGAACCAACAAGAUAAGUAUGCAUGUCAAGAGUUUUUUGAUGCCUAUCGAGAAUGCCGUAAAGAUUUUUUUAGAAAGAGAAAACAGGAUCGAAUACAAGGCAAAGGAGGAUGGGGCUGGUAA